AUGAUUAUUACAAUUACAGUAGCAAUAGGUUUAAAUUCGUCCGAGGUGUCAUCAACGUUAAUCGCUGGCAUAGGAACGUUAUUAAAAGAUGAUGAUCUGCAAAAGUUUAUGCAUACGAUAGAUGAUAUUCAAAGAAGGAUGCAGUGUUGUGGUUUUGCUGGAAAUCACACGGAGUGGAUGCAGAAAAAAAUAAUUCACUAUUAUGAUCCGAUCGAGGAUGAAUUGAAAAUAAUGCUAGAUCAGGGUGAUAUUUGGAAAUCACAAAAUGAUGAAGAAAAAAUGAAUUCAGCUCCUUUGUCUUGUUGCUCGAACACCAAAAGGCAUUGCUCCAAAGAAAAAAUGCACCAACAAGGUUGCUUCAAUAAAUUAAGCACAAAUAUUAUCUGGCUAAUGGAUUCAAUAGGUAUAGCUCUAGUAGUGAAGUUGAUGCUUUCUGUGUUGCAAGAAGUAAUAUUUGCAUAUGUUGUAAUCGGUAUCACUACAGCAAAUUCUGCUAUUACAGUAAUUAUUUCUUAA